AUGGACUUUGAUGAAAUCCCGAGUGGAUCAAAACAAAAUCUCAAGAAACAAAGAAAACAAGUUCCAGAAAAAAAAACUCCACGGCGGAACCUGAAGUUCCAAAAAAUAAUUUCACAAAUCAAGUUGCAGGUUAAGCCUGCAUUUAAAAUUUCAUCAGCGGCUACAACACAAGUCAUAGUCAAAAAUGUUGAGGACAAGGCCUCAAUAAUCAGCGUAUUGCGGUCUCAAUGCAUCCCAUUUCACACUUUCUCCGAGAAAUCGGAGAAAACAAAGUCAUUCGUUCUGAAAGGAUUUUACGAAACACCAACGAAUGAAAAGCCCUUUUAUCUUGUGCAUUUUCAAGAUGAAAGUGUGAACUUCAACUGCCAACGUUGGGGUCACUCAUCUCAAAAUUGUGGAUAUAAGUUCCGAUGUGUUAAGUGCACGGAAGUUCACGGACCAAAUCAAUGUCAACGAUCCACUCGUGAUGGAAAUGCCAAGUGCAUUAAUUGCAAUGGUGAUCAUGCUGCCAGUUAUAGACUGUGCCCAUCGUUCAUUUCGUAUUCCAAGAGAAUCGAAAAGUCAAGAGCCAAACCACAACUCAAAAUGCUGCGACAGAUAUCAAGUCUUUGGGACAGUAACAAUUUUCCAUCGUUAAGCAAACGACAUCAAGUUUCUGCUCAUUCACAUCCAGUGAAUGCUGCAAGUAACUCAUCAGCAACAUUUCAAGAAGAUAUUAAUCAGCAACAACUGAUCAAUAAUACCAGUUAUGCAGAGAAACUCAACGAAGCAGUAAUGAAUGUAAGCCUUUUCAAGAAAUUCACAGAAGCUCAAGAACGUUUAAAGAGAAUCCCCAACAUUGAAGAAGCAAUAAAUCAGUUCUGCAGUUUCGUCGACGAAGCCGGAAAGAUCCCAAAGGAUGCACCUCAAGUAACUGCAUUUAAACUCAUGGUGAAGUAUGGCUUCAUGAGCUGCCCACCAGCACCGAACAAGCCAGUUCAAAAAUAA